AUGAAUCCCGAAUUUGGUGGUAUCGAAAUUACUCCAAUAAUUGAUUGCUCCGUCCAACAUCACGCAGCUCUGACGAUACCAAUUGCUGGUCAAGAUUUUGAUGAAUAUUUUCUUUCAAUGCUGCUAUCUGACACCCAAUUUGAACUCGCAAGAACACUCAAGGAAUCUGAUAUUUGUGAGGUUCUUCCAGAUGAGGAUGGGUCAGAUAGAAUAGAAGCUGAAUAUAAUGGAAGGAAGGUCAAAUCUUACUACAAUUACUGA